AAAAAACUCACAUGACCCCAUUACAGUUACGCCCCGCCCAGCAGACACUUUGAUUGGCUGCUGUGGAAAAAGUUCCUGACGACGGUUUUCCUGAUAAACACUCGGGAUGUAGGUCCGCUCCAGUUGUUUCCCUCACUCCUCCAGUCUCUGGUCACGCUGCUGUCAAGGACUUCCACAGAAGGAGCGAAGAUGCGUCUGCUUGUCCUCCUCGCGCUGCUCGGCCUGAGUGCGGGAUAUCCCUCCGCGGAGCUGCCAGACGGAGGGAAGCACUGGGUUGUGAUCGUGGCAGGUUCUAAUGGCUGGUACAACUACAGGCACCAGGCUGAUGUCUGCCAUGCUUAUCAGAUUGUACACCGCAAUGGCAUCCCAGACGAGCAGGUUAUCGUUAUGAUGUAUGAUGACUUGGCACAAAAUCAAGAAAACCCCACCCCUGGUAUAAUAAUCAACCAGCCAAAUGGUUCAGAUGUGUACAAAGGAGUGCCUAAAGACUAUACCGAGGAAGAUGUGACCCCUCAGAACUUCUUGGCGGUUCUGAAAGGAGAUUCUUCAAGUGUUAAAGGUGGUAAUGGAAAGGUAUUGAAAAGCGGUCCCAAUGAUCAUGUGUUUGUGUACUUCACCGACCAUGGUGCACCAGGAAUACUGGCUUUCCCUAGUGAUGAACUUCAUGUUGAAGAUCUCCAGGAAACAAUUACAUAUAUGCACCAAAACAAGAAGUACAAGAAGAUGGUGUUCUACAUUGAAGCAUGUGAGUCUGGGUCAAUGAUGAGCAAUCUGCCUGAUAAUGUUGACGUGUAUGCCACCACUGCAGCCAACGCUCAUGAGUCCUCAUACGCUUGCUACUAUGAUGAAAAGAGGGACACUUACCUGGGCGACUGGUACAGUGUGAACUGGAUGGAGGACUCUGAUAAGGAGGACCUGUCAAAAGAAACUUUGCAGAAGCAGUUCAAGAUUGUGAAGUCUGAAACAAACACUAGCCACGUCCAGCAGUUCGGCAACAAGACUUUGGCACACAUGAAGCUCAUACAGUUUCAGGGUACGCCCAAAGUAUACAGCCCACCUGCUCCUCAGGUGACCCCACCACUGAAAACUAAUUUGGAUCUGACCCCGAGCCCCGACGUUCCUCUGGCCAUMAUGAAAAGGAAACUGAUGUCAACCAAUGACAUCACAGUUGCAAGGACCCUGAUGACCGAGAUAAACAACCAUCUUAAGAUCAGGGAGAGGCUGGCUGACACUAUGCGCCGUGUGGUCGAGAAGGUGACUGGCAGCAAGUUAAAGGCUGAGGAGGUCCUCGAUGAAAGAGCUGACCUCUUCCAGCAUCAGUGCUACAAGGCUACAGUCAAGCACUACAAACACAACUGCUUCAACUGGAACAAACCUGAGUAUGAAUAUGCCCUGAGACAUCUGUAUGCUUUGGUGAACCUGUGUGAGAGAGGAUACUCAUCACAGAGCAUCCAGCUGGCCAUGGACUCUGUGUGUCUCAUGGAAAACUAAAGCAGUCCAACAGAACCAUUAAGGUCUCAGACCAAAAUGUUUCUUUCCCAUUGGAGAGCCCAGAACAAACCAAGCUUCUCUUUGCACUGCUUAGGAAUCAAUGUGAUGUGAAGAUGUUUUAUGAACACACUAUGACGUUUUGAACUMGUUUUUUUGAUUUUGCUGAGAAUUGUUUGCACUUACCUGAUGAUGAGUUUUACUGUCGGUGUGAAGAGUUCCGCUGAAUUAUAACAGAAUUCCUUUGAGUCUUAUUCUGUGGUGUUGAAUGUUAACCAUGGGUGUUUGAUUGGGAUGUAAAGGAUUUACUACUAGAUAAUGAAUGUUUGUUGAGCCUAAAAAAUUGUUGUAAAACAGAAAAGUGACAAUAAAAUUUGACAUACCAACAUGGA